AUUGCUUUCACCAGAAGCUGUAGUACGAAUUCGUUUUUGGGUUUUUUUUUAUGUUUAGUUUAUAUUUAAUAACGUCGCCUCAAAGUUGGACCUUUACAUAAGUGUGUGUGAGCUCCUUAUGUUGUGCUUUUUUAAAUCAGUUGUUUUUUUGUUGUUGUUUUUUUACUGUAGUUAACGUGAAAGCUAACCCGGUAGAUAUUAGCAAUAAUAAUAUCAAGGCAGGAGGGGGAGGCCUUGCUUACUUACAAAAACGUGUAUAACCGAGGUUUUAUUAGCAUUUAGUGCCAUCGGCUGCUGAAAGCCUUUACAAGAUUGACUUGUAGUGCCGUGUUGGGCUACUUUACAGGGCUUUCAUAUUGCAAUUCAUUGGCUGUAAGGUUAGCUGUCUCCAUCGUUAGCUUGUAGCAUACUUGGCGCACGUCUAUCUCACCAUGUUUUGUUUCUGUGGAUUGAAAGCACACUUUCUGUGUUUUCUUGCCCUGGUUUUUGGAACAUCAGGACAUGAGAACGGGCCAGAAGUCGUCACAGUGGUUGUAUCAGAAGGAAGUGACGCAUUCUUGCCCUGCUCCGUCAGCACCAGCCUUGUACAGGAGCUCUUUGACUGGAGAAAGGAUCAGAAUAAACAGGAUGUAUUCAUGUAUGAAAACUACAGUCAUUACAACAACGGCCUUAUAGGUCAACACGACCAGUUCAAAGGACGGGUCUCACAUUUUCAACAACAGCUGCAGUUCGGUAACGCCUCGAUUGUGAUCAGAAACACCACGAUCAGCGACGGUGGAAACUACACCUGUCACUUUCCAAAUCUGGAGCCAGAACAAAUAUUCAGCAUUAAACUUGUUGUUCGAUACAGUUUAAAAGACAGAAGAAGAGAAAAUGCACGUGCAGCUCCAAAACCUAUUGUCUGGCUAGUUAAAGACACAGAGGACCAAGUACAGCUGCACUGUGUGGUUCCAGGCGCCUUUCCCAAACCUGAGGUACUGUGGAAGGAAAGUAAUGGAGACAUCGUUCCUGCUGAGCCACAGGUGUUAUACAGAGGAGACCACUACUACAUCACCCUCCUCAUCACUGUGACUGCCACAAACACCGGCCUCUUCCAUUGUGUGGCCACACAGGAGGAGAUUGGCCAUGUGAUUGAUGCUGAAAUCCGUGUUCCAGAUAAACAGUUUAAGUCCUCCUAUGGAGAUGGUGUGCUGGCAGGUUUAUUUUGUGCUGGAUUUGUUACUGGUGCAUCUGUAGUUCUAGUUCUUUGUGUUUUGUACGUCAGAAAGAACUACAUCAAGAAAGUUUCUGCUCCGAAGACUAACGGUUCGUGUAAUGGGGAAUCAAGCCAGCCACUUCAACCACUUUAAAAGUGCCAGAUGAUCUGCCUUCUGUGUGGAGAAAAUAAUUGAUAUCCUGUGUGUGGAUAUCAAAUCUGUGCCAGCUUUUUAGUUUACUUGCCACAGUUGGAGCUUUCAGUGACAUUUACAGCCAGUGAGCAUCUGUGGUGAGAAAAAGUGCCUUCCUCUCUCCUUGGCUUUUACAAUCAAGUUCAAUUUUGCAUAGGACUGCACUGCUGUAGACAAUGAAUUUCUGAAAGGGUGCUCAGUUACACUUAUUGUUUUGUUUGUUGUUUUCUAAAUUUGCAAAGCAAAGCACUCUUUUAAUUUUUUUUUUUAAAGUCUUACUCAGGGUCACAUGUGAAAUUAUGCAAGAGGAAAAAUGUAUAUUUUAACUAUACUCCAUGUGCUACUGGAAGAUCUUUGCUGUUAUUUUGCGUGUGACUUGGAUAUCCACUUUAACCUCAGGAGUUUUUA